ACCCAAAUUAACAAAAUUAAAACGAACGACAGACAUUACCACAUUCAUCACCGGAAACAGCAGAGAAACAAAGAUGAAUAAACCCUAACUCCCAAUUCGAUGAAAUGGUAUUUUCAGAACUGGGGUUUUAGGAUUUGGGAUUUUGAAGAAGGUGGUUUUAUGAUCUGGGUUUUGCUUGAAAGUUUCUAGUUUUGUGAAAUUAAGUAUCUUUUCGAAGGUAGAAACGAUGUCGUGUACUCAAAGCUAUACUCGAAUAAAUACUUUGGAAAUCAAAGGUUUGAUUGUUAAAAAGAUUGGUCAUGAGAGAGCGGAUACAUACUUUGAUCAGCUGACGAGAUUGUUUAGUUAUAAAAUAUCUAAGUCUGAAUUUGAUAAAUUUUGUGCAAAAAUUAUUGGGAGAGAAAAUAUUCCUCUGCACAACCGCUUAAUCAGAUCGAUUGUUAAGAAUGCUUGCCUUUCAAAAAGUCCCCCACCAAAAGUGAAGAAGAGAGUAGAAAGUAGUCUUGAUGUGAAAUCUGUGAAUGGGUAUCAGAGAAAUUGCCUUCAAUCGCUUUAUGGGGACGCCUUCCCUCCUUCACCUAGGAAGGGUAGGUCUCCUGUUAACCGAGAUCGCAAGUUUAGGGAUCGCCCGAGUCCUUUGGGGCCACAUGGGAAGCCUCAAAAUAUGGUGUGUGAGGAAUUGAAUUCAAGGGAACAAGAACAGCAAAGUGCUACUGAGUUGCUUUCACUUGGCAGCCGACCUCCAGUUGAAGUUGCUUCGGUUGAAGAAGGAGAGGAGGUUGACCAGGCAGCGGGUAGCCCAGGUGUUCAAAGUAGAACUCCAGUUACUGCCCCUCUCGGUGUUUCCAUGAAUUUCGGCGGAGCUCGCAAAUCUCUUUUAAAUGUUUCAUUAUUUAGUAAUCAACUUCGAGAUACCUGUCUGAACAAUGGUGUGCUUCCUGAUACAAGAUCAUUAAGAAAUCGUUUGGAGCAGAAGUUGGAGAUGGAGGGUCUUAGUGUAUCGUUAGAAUGUGCUGACGUAUUAAAUAAUGCCGUGGACAUGUAUUUGAAGAGGUUGAUUGAGCCAUGUAUAGGCUUAGCUAGCUCAAGAAACGUUAAUGUUCAGUUUGCUUCUUCCGGCUUCAAUGGGACAUUUCCUGGGAGUCACAUGCAUAGAUCGACAGAGUCUGUUUGCGCAUCCAUGUUGGAUUUUCAUGCCGCAAUGGAGUUGAAUCCCCAAAUACUUGGAAAAGAUUGGCCCACUUCACUUGAGAAACUUUCAUUUCGUGCGUUUGAAGAGUGAUGGAUAGUCUCAUAGUGAUUGCUGGAAUUUCAGUAGUUGAUAAGAUCGAUAUCAGAUUUAGGUUUUUCAAUCAGUUUACUUCAAUUUUGCCCUUUGUUUGUUAGAGAGCAUUUCAAGAACUUCAAAGGGAAUAAGCCGUAGAAGCUGCAUAGUUAUUAGAUAAGAUAACAAGUUUGCCUCCAAAUGUUAGCAGAUGAUUGUUGGAGGGAUACAUGUCUAUAAAGUAAAAUGUAAAAUUAGGUACAGGUUAGAGCUCACUAUUUUUAGAAAGUUACUCCAUUCUUCAAGUGCUAGCUGAUUUUCCUUCCUAUUCCUAAAUGUACUUGAGUUAUUAAUGAAAUAAAGAAAGCAUAUGAAUUAAGAAUGA